AAAGGGAAGUCACUCUGCUGCUUCCGGUGGAAAAGCUAAUAAAAAUUCAACAAAAAUAUCAAAAUAUUUUUUUAUCGUGCACAUGGUGCUCUUGCUAAAAAUGGAAAUUUACUGAAGAAAUUGUAUUCGGAUAAUUAUUUGUAAUGAUAAAAUGGAACUUUGUAAAUUUUCUUUUGGAAUAUGCCACUACCUCGGUGAUGAAGUAAUCAAAAUGCACUGUGCCAUAUAGAGGAAAUUCGAAAUGGAGAAAAUGAACAGCCCAGAUGACCCUCCUAGUACCCAAGACCAGGACGGUAUGCUGGAUUCCCAAACCCAGUAUGACUCUCACAAUGAAGAUAAGUUUGUGGACAAAGAACGAGCUAUAAAUUUGCUCCAAGGAUUCUCAAAACUGUACAAAGAAAAAGAAUUUGUGGAUGUGACACUGUGUGUGGAUGAAGCAGAAUUUCCGUGUCACAAAAAUGUUCUUGCAAUAUCAAGUCCUUUCUUCAUGGCCAUGUUUUCUACGAAUAUGGCAGAAAGUCAACAGAACAAAAUCACUUUGAAGGAGUUAGAUCCACUGACUAUGGGUCUGGUGCUGGACUACAUCUACACAGGACAAGUCAUGCUGUCCGAGGAAACAGUACAGCAUUUACUGUCAGCCUCCAACAGAUUUCAACUGCUUUCACUUAGAAGUGGAUGUGCAGAAUUCAUGAUGAAUCACAUUACUGUAUCAAACUGUAUUGGGGUCUAUUUCUUUGCUAAAGCCCAUGAAUGUACUGACCUUGCCACAAAAGCCAAAGAAAUUGUCAACAAUCAAUUUUCUGUUCUCUGCAAGCAACAGGAAUUUUUGUCUUUACCCUCAGAUAAAUUAGUUGAGAUUAUUAGUGAUGAUGAGAUUAAUGUGACCAAUGAAGAAAUUGUAUAUGAAGCUUGCAUGGAAUGGCUCAUGACAGACAAAGAGAAAAGAAUGGCACAUCUCAUGGAAAUCAUGAAUUGUGUUAGAUUUGCAAAUAUUAGCUCAUAUUAUUUCUGUGAUAGAAUUGACAGAAGUAAAACACUGAAAGAUUGUGAAUCUCUGAGGAAAGUCCUGGACACUGUGAGGUACUUUCAUAUGCUACGCAACAGACAGCAUGAAAUGGAUUUGAACCUCAUGCCUCGAAAAGGAAUGGUUUAUGAAACUGGAGUGAUGAUCAUUGCAAAUCCUUAUACAGAGGAACAAAUGAAAAAGUUCAAUAGUAUGGAAAUGCUGUUACCAAAAACUGGAGAAGUCAUUACUAUUUGUAAAUUGCCACAAAGCUUAUAUACUCCAGGAUGUGCUAUUACUGGAGAUAACCAGAUUUACUUGGCAGGGGGAUCCAUACGAAAGCUGAACUAUCGAGGAUCAGUAACAACUGAGGGGGUAUCCAAUACCUUUUAUGUGUUUGACCAGAUAGAGAAGAGUUGGACUCCAAAAGCCAAAAUGCACAUGUCCCGUUCACAGUUUUCUUUGGUCAUUGUUGACGGAUUUGCUUUUGCAAUUGGUGGUCAGGAUGGAUCAGAAAUUCUGAGUGCAGUUGAACGUUACGACCCGCACACCAAUGCCUGGAUACUUGUGGCUCCUCUUGCAAUACCUCUGAGAUUUAUGACCAGCAUUAGCUACAGAGGAAAACUUUAUGUGUUUGGAGGAGAAACAACCGACAAAAUCAGUAAAACAGCAUACAGGUAUGAUCCAGCUGAUGAUACCUGGGUGGAGUUACCUCCCAUGUCUACAUCCAGAGUGUUGGCAGGAUGUGUGGUACAUAAAGACAAGAUUUAUGUGAUAGGAGGAAAUUCAGAACUCAGUGAUAAAUGGAAGAAGGAGUUCCUCCCUGAACAUUGUGUGAGUUCAGUAGAAGUGUUUGAUCCAGCCUCAGACACCUGGAGUGAGGGCCCAGAACUUCCAAAUGCUCUCUGUGGAGCAGGCAUUGUAAAAUACAGCAAUACAAUUUUAAUUGUGGGUGGUGAAGAUGACAAGAGUUGGAUGGCUGGCCUGUGUUGGUUAAAGGAAGAAAAUGGCAAACAGACUUGGGUGGAGGGGCAAGAGUUGCCCACGGUGAUGAGCACAUUUGGUUGUGUUGUCGCCAAUAUACAGCAUGAUGUGUACAAACAACAGACAUAGGUUACAGAUCAAAUUUUUAUACAGGGUUGUGCAUCAGAUCAAUAAUCAUAUCUACUGAACAGCAGUAAUAAAACAAGGUAUUCUCGCAUUAAUCAGUUGUGAUGAGUGUUCAUCUUUCUUUAUACACAUAGAUUAAUUAUAUGUAUUAGAUUUAUACUGUUUUUAUAUAUGUGUAUUUCAAUAAACAGGUAACACUCAGAUUAAAGAUUUCUGAACCUC